AUGGAGGAAGAAGUACCGUUGAAACUUAUCGAAUUAUCUGAUUUUAUUCGUUCACCGUCAAUACUCUCGGAAAGGCUUGAAUUUAAACAAACAAAAAUUGAACAGCCAGAAUUUGAUGCGAAAAUAAAAGAGGACUAUGAGCCGGACACAGUUAAAUUCAAACAUACACAGACAGGUAUUAUUUUAUUGAAACAAAAGGCAAUAUGUGCUGAUAAUCAUGACGAUGGAGAAUAUGCCAAACAAAAAGAAUUAAUUGUACCUAAGGACAUUGUUGUGUUUGCUGAUGAUGUAGAUAGACGAAAAAUCGGUCUAUUCAAAAAAUCAAGAAAUCAUUUUUCAAGACAUUUAUUAGUUACAUCUGGUGCUGCACUUCAAGCACUCAUACCUUCAUUAAUUAAUACUAAAGAAUGGCUUAUUGUUUGUAACCUUAAAUAUUCUAAACUCUAUACAAAAGAAAUACCAAUUGAAAAAAAUGUGAUAAUUUCAUUGAAUAUAAAUCAUUCUUGUGUUCGAUAUGAAAUCCUGACCGCUUUUGAUCUAUUACAACAAUCAUUCAAUGAAACAAAAUCAGCUUAUAUCUUGAUUGAUUUUUCCAAAAUAUUAAGUCGAUGGUUUAAAGAUUAUCUUCAACGUACUGAUCAAUAUCCAUCACUAUCAAAUCGGAUGUUAUACCGAUAUCAAAUUCAAGCAUCAAAAUGUUCACUCACAUUAGGAAAACGACAAUAUCAUCAAGAAAAUAAUUAUUAUCGAUUUGGAAGUAGUUUUCGAAAAUUUCAUUACAAAUCUGAUAUUCCAACGCAGAUUUAUAUCAAUUUCAAUUCUCUACCAAUCAUGUUUUAUUCAAUUCAGUUAGACAAUAUAUUUGUCUAUUCAAUGAAUGAUGAAUAUAAGCAAAUAAUCAAAGAUAUUGGCAAUGGUUUAUCAUUAGUUUCGGUACAUGAACUUAAUGCUAGUAGAUAUAUUGAAAAUAAGCCAAAUGAUUGUUCUGUGCUCGUUCCAAAGAAUGAAAUUUCUCAAGGAAAAUAUUCUAUUGAAGAAAAAGAAGAGAACAUUUCUUGUCCAUCUUCAUUCGAACCAAAUGAAAACGAACGAAUUUUAUUUGAAAAAAUUUGGAACAAUCGAAUGCGAAUUCAAAUGCAACAUCAACAAUUAAUGAUGAAAGCAGCAAAACUUUUGUGUUUUCCACCUCUUAACAAUGAGUCAGUUUAUAAAAAAGCUGUACCAUUAAAUAGUGAAUCAGAUAUACCAACAAUACCAUUAGUUCAUUAUUGA